AUGGCGCGCGCGCUGGGGCCCGAGCGGCGGCUCCUGGCCGUCUACACCGGCGGCACUAUCGGCAUGCGGAGCGAGCACGGCGUGCUCGUCCCUGGGAGUGGCCUGGCCGCUGUCUUGCGGGCACUGCCCAUGUUCCAUGAUGAAGAGCACGCCCGGGCCUGUGGCCUCCCUGAGGACACGCUGGUGCUGCCCCCCGCGAGCCCCGCCCAGAGAGUCACUUACACGGUGCUGGAGUGCCAGCCCCUCUACGACUCCAGUGACAUGACCAUCACCGAGUGGGUUCAGAUUGCCCAGACCAUCGAGAGACACUAUGGGCAGUACGACGGCUUUGUGGUCAUCCACGGCACGGACACCAUGGCCUUUGCAGCCUCCGUGCUCUCCUUCGUGCUGGAGAACCUGCAGAAAACCGUCAUCCUCACUGGCGCCCAGGUGCCCAUCCAUGCCCUGUGGAAUGAUGGCCGGGAGAACCUGCUGGGGGCCCUGCUCAUGGCUGGCCAGUACGUGAUCCCCGAGGUCUGCCUGUUCUUCCAGAAUCAGCUGUUUCGGGGCAACCGAGUGACCAAGGUGGACUCACGCAGGUUCGCGGCCUUCUGCUCCCCCAACCUGCCCCCUCUGGCCGUUGUGGGUACCGACGUCACAAUCAACCGGGAGCUGGUGCGGAAGGCCCGAGGGAAGGACCCGCUGGUGGUGCACAGCAGUAUGGAACGGGACGUGGGCCUGCUGCGCCUCUACCCCGGGAUCCCCGCGGCCCUGGUCCGGGCCUUCCUGCAGCCCCCCCUGAAGGGCGUGGUCAUGGAGACGUUCGGCUCGGGGAACGGCCCCACCAAGCCGGACCUGCUGCGGGAGCUCCAGGCCGCGGCCGAGCGGGGCCUUGUCAUCGUCAACUGCUCUCACUGCUUGCAGGGCUCCGUGACCUCUGACUACGCAGCUGGCAUGGCCAUGGCAGGAGCGGGCAUUGUCUCUGGCUUCGAUAUGACGUCGGAGGCCGCCCUGGCCAAGCUGUCCUAUGUGCUGGGCCAGCCCGGGCUGAGCCUGGACGGCAAGAAGGAGCUGCUGGCCAGGGACCUUCGGGGGGAGAUGACGCUGUCCACCGGGGCCGAGCGCCGGCCCUCACUGAGUUGCAGUGCGCUGGGCCAGGGGGUUGCCCAGCUCCUCACUCUGAGCCAGGAGGCCGAUGCCAUACGGGAUGCUCUGAUGCCGAGCCUGGCCUGUGCUGCGGCCCACGCGGGCAACCUGGAGGUGUUGCAGGCGCUUGUGGAGCUGGGCAGUGACCUGAGCCUAGAGAACUUUAACGGUCAAACUCCUCUGCACGCGGCCGCCCGGGGAGGCCAGCCUGGGGCAGUCACCAUGCUGCUGCGGAGAGGGGUGGACGUGGACCCCCGAGACGAGGACGGACUCAGCCCGCUGCUGCUGGCCGUGAAGGGCAGGCAUCGGGGUGUCAUUGAGCUGCUGAGGGCAGCUGGGGCCUGCCUGUCCCCCCGGGAGCUGGAGGACGCGGGGACAGAGCUGUGCAGGCUGGCGUCCAGAGCAGACCUUGAUGGCCUUCAGUCAUGGUGGCAGGCGGGGGCUGACCUGGGCUGCCCGGGCUAUGACGGGCGCAGUGCCCUGCUUGUUGCAGAAGCAGCUGGGAACCUGGAAGUGGUGGCCUUUCUGCAGAAGCUCCAGGGUGGGGCUGGUGCCCAGGCCCCAGGCCCAGAAGUGCUGCCUGGUGUCUAA